AUGAAAUACGAAAUCAGUUAUCAUAGUGAUUCCGAGACGAUGGGAAGUCGAGCACAGUCCGUUAUCUGCGACAAGGUAUUGGCUGGCUUGCCCCAACUUCUUGAUGAUCUUCAAAAGCUAUCGGAAGAUCAAGACACGUCAGACAUAGUAUUUGUGCUUGGUUCCGGUGAAGAACGUGUCUAUGCACAUCGAAUUAUCCUGAUGGCACGGUGUAAAUCAUUUCAAAAUACAAAGCGUGGCGAGAUAUGUCGCAUUCCUGGUUGCAAUGUGUCCACGUCUGCUCCCGGUACUCCAACACCAAUUCGUUUACCACACAUCGAACCAGACAUAUUUCGUCAGUUCAUUCUCUAUGUUUAUACCGCGAAGAUAAUGCUGCAGGAUUCAAAGGUGUUUGAAAUGAUGACGUUGGCACAGGACAUGGGAGUUGAAGAGCUGAAGAUCGCUUGUGAAGAUCACGUCAGUAAAACUAUGUCAGUUGCGAAUGCAUGUACAUUUUUAACAGCUGUAAUGGAAAUUAAGGAAAAGGCCUGUGGUGCUAAGUGUGCUGCAUCCUUCCUGGAGAAAUGUAUCACAUAUAUAGCAGAAAACGCAUCGGAGUGUGUGAAAACUAAUGCAUUCCUAAACCUAACGAAGGAAGGCCUUAUACAAGUAAUUUCCUAUGAUAACCUGGGGCUAGAAGAAGAAGAUGUUUGGCGUUGUGUGUUGGCUUGGGCAAAGAACCAAGCGGGAGUUACUCAGCCAACCGCCCACUGGACAGAGGAAGAAAGGCAACGUGUCUGUCAAUACCUCGCACCGGUAAUCUCUCACGUACGGUUAUUUCUCAUCGACAGCCAAGUGUUUGCUGAAGAAGUUGAACCAACCGGGGCCGUGCCAAUAGAGCUUUCACUCGAAAGAUAUCGCAGAGCUGCUCUUCAUUCCAACAAGCUACCCACAGCCGCUGCUUCAGCAGCGCCCGUACCGGCAGGUCCUUUGACCGAAAAUGACAAACGAUUGCAGCCCCGUUUGAUGUUGAACCUAUUCCACGGUUCAGCUAUACUGAAAAAUGAUAAAAUCCAUUUUCAAGGAACUCUAAACGGUUGGUUCGGGGCUGCCAAGCAAACCUGGCGAAUGGUUUAUCGAGCUUCGACUAACGGAUUUGCUGCAUCGGCCUUCCAUCGGCAUUGUGAUGGCAUUGCACCAUUAUUUAUUAUUGCUUUGAGUUCUAACGGCGCCAUAAGCGGUGGAUUUACAGAUGUGGCGUUUGCGAAAACGAAUCGCAAAGGUGGAUAUUUGCAUUCAGAAAAGGCUUUCCUGUUCGCACUAAACUACAACAACGAACAACCGACGAAGUUCGAUAUAGUGAAGAAACCGUACGCAAUUUGCUACCAUCCGGAUUGUGGGCCAAUAUUCGGAGCCGGAGCUGAUCUGUUGAUUUCAAACAAUUGUAAUGCAAACAUGGAAUCGUACUCCAACUUCCCGCAUUCAUAUGAUGGGCCUAAUGCAACGUUUGGACAUUUGUUUGGAGAUUAUAACUUUUCCAUAAUCGAUUACGAGGUGUUCACACUUGCCCCGGCAGUCGCUCCAGCAGGUAAUAAGCUGAAACAUGAUCGGUAUCCUUGA